AUGUCGGAUACACAGGGUACGCCAGCUGGGACGCCUCCCGAUGGCCUCUCGAGACUUCCAGCGCGCACACAAAAGGGCAUUGAUGGCAUUCAAAAACUCAUGGGCAAGACUCCCAUGGAGCUCAUUCCCGAAUGCCCAAACACACGAUGGUCUAUGAACUUGGUUGAGGAGUUUCGAUCGCUCGUCAAUGUGGUCAAGAAGCAACGCAACCCCACGCCGUACUCUUUCGACGAGAUCAAGUCCUUCCUCCUCGAGAAGGUGCAGGAGCACGAUCUCAAAAAGCGGACCAGUCUGGAGGCAAGCGACGUUAGGGCGGCCAAGUACCAUUUCUUCGGCGGCGGGCAGGGCGCUGGAGAAGACAAUGGCGAUGAGGAUAAUGCAGUACCGGGCCUUCGAAACAAGAGACUAACCAGGGAAUCUUCGGCGGAGACCAUACCACAGUCCGCGACUCAUAGCUCACCAUCAACCGCAGAGCACCCACGAGACUCUAUCACUGUCGAUCCCCAGCUGAAUAUAUCGGCAUUUGGAACCAGCACCGCCUCCGGGGUGCGAGCCGAUCGGGUUGCCAUCGACAGCCACAAACUGAUGGUGGCUUCUCAAGUUCCGCGCUGUUCGAUGAGCCCGAUUCGUGACGAUGAGCAAUCCCCCGAGGGCCCUAUCAACGAUCACACGGCAUCUACCCUCCCUUUUCCCAGCAGUGAUGAAAGAGACUUCAGAACUGGUCUCAGCAACGUCAUCCAACAAUGCGAAACCUCGGUCGGCUUUUUGAUUGCCAGGGCAGGUCGGGAGCAGGCCUCAGGGGCAGAACAACAACAGCGAAAUCUGAACCAUGCUAGGGAUAUCCACAAACGCCACGAGGGAGAGGUGGCCAAGCACAAUAAGACCUCAGCCGAGGCAAAAGAUAACCUGGUUCGGGCGACAAAGAUGUUGGAGGUGGCUGAGGCACUUUUCGCGGCACUUGAAAACGCUGUCGGGACUCUUGAUGCACCGCCAGAGACGUAUCUCGCUCAGGUUACACAUAGCCGAGACAAGGCAAUCAUCAAGCACGAUUUGGCAUCUCAAAGGGAUAAUAUUGAGGUUAAAAAAUUGAAGAAAGCAAAGAGAAAUCGAGCUGAAGUGGCACAGCAGGUGGUCGAUCUGCAGGCAGAACUUGAAACGCAAGAGGAUGAUCAGGCCAAGGAUGCACAGGCCAUGGUGGGAGCAGAGACCCUCCGCAAGCUUCCUAAGCUUCAUGUUACAGACUUGAAGCCACUGAUUGAUGGAUUCCCCGGGUUCAUGGAUGCGGUUGAUCGCAUGGCAGAAAAUAGGAAGGGAAAGGAGCUUGGCCAAUAA